AUGUGGUGUCGAAUUAAACGACUAAUUAUGAGCAACUCAUUAUCCUGUUUAGUAGAUAAUCGAUGUCGUUAUAGUAGUCAAAGAGAAGUGGAUAGUGAAUAUUCACUGAAUGCAAUCACUAAUACACAACGUAAAACAGCAGGCAUUAUCAUAAUUGGUGAUGAAAUUUUGAAAGGUGUAACGAGUGAUGUGAAUUCGAAUUUUUUCUGCAAAGAGUUGUAUGUUCGAGGAAUUCUGCUGAAAAAAAUAUCAAUAGUAUCUGAUAAUAUAGAUGAUAUUGCAUGUGAGGUGAAACAGUUUAGUGAACGUUACGAUUUUGUCUUCAGUUCUGGUGGUGUAGGACCUACGCACGAUGAUCGCACUUAUAACGGAUUGGCGGUUGCAUUUAAUGAUGAAUUGACGAUAAGAGAGGAAAUGAUGGAAUUGAUUGAACGUUUUAUGCGCAGUAUGAACAAAAUCUUGCCUGAUGGUGGUUUACAGCGAAUGUGUACUAUACCAAAAAGUGCGCGGUUGUUGUGGAGUAAACGAACAGUUUUUCCAUUGGUACAGAUGCGAAAUAUUUACGCAUUUCCCGGUAUCCCGGAGUUUUGUACUCAAGCAUUUAAGGAAUAUGAAAAGUCGAUAUUUCCAUCUCAUGCAGCGAAGCCGUUUUACUCAUCCAUUCUUCAUUUGAAGACUAUGGAAUUACAAUUUUCGGAUGUAAUAAUGGAGGUGGCAAAGAAAUAUGGUUCAAAGAAAGUUUCUAUUGGUUCAUAUCCGGUAAGAAACAACGGAUAUUAUAAGACGAAAUUAUUAAUCGAAAGUGAAUGGGAAGAUGUGGGCAAGAAAGUUGUACAGGAUUUGAAAACUUCUUUGAAAGAUCAGGUGAUAUAUUUUGAUGAACACCCAUGGGUAAAUACAAUGCAAAAGCUCAAUGCUUUUCGAGAAAGGGAAUUAGCCUGUGGCUCAGAUGAUGGUUUUAUAGGUCGAUUGGAUGAUGCCAUGAGUUGUAUCAACACAAUAAUUUCUCUUAAUCUUUUGGAUGAGAUAGCUGUAUCGUUCAAUGGUGGUAAAGAUUGCACUCUCGUCCUACAUCUUUUACGUACUGCUAUCGACGAGAAAUAUGGACCAGGACAGACCAUACUAGGCUUUCAUAUAGUGUGUGGUGAUAGCUUUCCGGAAAUGAAUCAAUUCAUCAUUGACACCACUAAACGAUACAACAUUAUAGUACUGGAAACAUCAGGUCCGAUAAGAGAAGGUCUCGUACAAUUGAGAGAUAUGAGACCGAAAUUAAAAUGCAUAUUUAUGGGUAGCCGAGCUACUGAUCCCAGUGUAUCGUCAAUGAAAUCCAAAUGUCAAUUCACAGAUGCUGACUGGCCACGUUACUUGAGAGUUUGUCCAAUUUUGGAUUGGAGCUAUGAUGACGUGUGGCGAGCGUUACGUGGUAUCUGCAUACCAUAUUGUCCUUUGUAUGAUUUAGGCUACACAUCUCUUGGAGGGCGUGACACGACUCGUAAGAAUGAUGCAUUGAAAAUUAUUGCUGAUGAUGGUUCAGUUGUUGGUUACAAACCCGCAUAUAUGUUAAAAAUUGGUACAUUAGAACGUACAGGAAGAAACUGA